CUCCGGUGUAAUAAACCUGUUGGAUUUUUGGCGAUAACCGUCGGAACAGCAAUUAUACGCGCACUGUCUCAUCGUGACGACUGUUUUCACAUCGCACUCGAUUCGCCAUCACCGUUUCUUCUCGAUCAAAUUAUUAUUAUAAUUAUUUAUUUAUUUUCAUCGAAAUAAUAUUUAUCGAUGGUAUCGUUUUCUCGUGGCGUCCAUACGGUGUGUACAUAUAAUAUCAUGUAUAGAACACAUUGUUAGUACUUGCCGGUAACCGUAUAAUUGUACCAACGGAGUAAGUAACGAUAUAUAAUAUAAUAUUAGGUAUCGCAGUACAAUAAAGUUGUCGCGACAUUUUCGAGACAUUUCCGUUGUCGAUCGCGAGUAUUGCGUAGACCACUGUCAACGCGACGGGCGGGCGUUUCAUUUCGUCAGUAUCACUGCUUGCACUACCUGCAGCGGUAGUUAAUUAUUAUUUUAUACGCACCCAGAGGUCCGUGACCUGAGUCUCGUCGAAUUGGCGGGAGCAUACGUACACUGCAAAUCGUGACGACGUUAAAACCGUUGAGCCAUGGUUGAGGUACAGUCACAGACCGCGAGCCCCAAGCCCGUGGUCGUCAUUAGGGGCACCGAAGUGCCAAUGGUCGUUGGGUCGCCGACGGCAUCGGAGAUGAGACGUCGCCGACGCCGUCACUCACGUCUCAUGUCUAACGCCUCGUCGGUGGUGUCGGCCGCAGCUGCCGGCAUUCCCGACUCCGAAAAGCACAAGAUAUCGAACAACGAAGCACUGAUGCAUAUGGUAAAGGCUACUGUCGGUGGAGGAUUCUUGGCCAUGCCUGAGGCCUUUCACAACAUUGGCAUGGUGAUGGGCGUCGUGGGCACCGCGAUACUUGGCAUUUCCGUGUUGAACAUGAUGUCGUGCAUAGUCAAGUGUUCUCAGAUACUGCGGUCCGGUAAAUACGUCGACAUCAUCUUGGCUGAACAAAACGGUAAUAACGCCAUAGCCAAGGGAGACGAUGAAAACGACGAUAAAAAACCACCACCAAUCAAGCAGUACAGCAAAGAGAUGGUUCUACCUCCAAUGGACUAUCCGGAUACUGUAGCUGCCGUGUUUAAGUAUCGCGCCCGUGCCCGAUUCGCUAGGCUCUCGUCAUUUGCCAGAAACUUUACUAGUACCUCGCUAGUGGCCACCUAUUAUGGGGUGAACAUUAUAUACGUGUGCAUAGUGGCCAAUACGUGUAAGCAGCUCGUCGACCAAUACACCGCCAAUGCGGAUAAAGACUCGUGGGGCUAUUUGAUGAACGGACUGUCUAUCCGUUGGUAUCCGAUCAUAACCGCAGUACUAAUCAUACCAGUGGGUAUGGUCCGAUUGAUCAAAUAUUUGGUCCCGUUCUCUAUUGCCGCAAAUGCGUGCCUGCUUGCUGGGACCGUAGCCGUGUUCUACUUCAUUACAUUUGGUGAUGACGGACAAAACCCAUUAGCCCCCGAAGAAAAAGCCAAACUUGUGGUUUGGCCGGCCACCCAGUGGUCGUUGUUCACCGGCAGUGCACUGUGCUCGUUGGAAGGCGUUGGAAUGCUGCUGCACAUCGAGAAUGCAAUGAGCAAGCCACUGGAACUUGUCGGACCGCCCUCGUACACGCUGCAUCGGUCCAUAAUAGUCAUAGUCACGAUGAACAGCGCACUGGGGCUGUUCGGCUACAUGCGGUACGGCGACCGGUGCUUGGGUAGCAUAUCGCUCAACCUGCCCGAAGAUAACCGUCUAUCGGAAGUUAUCAAAAUCAUGGUUGCCGUGGGUAUCCUGUUGACGUAUGGUCUACAGCUGACUGUCACCACGGACUUAGCGUGGCAAGGAUUGCGCAAAAGGCUCAUUAGGUCUAAGGAUGGAGUUUCUGACUGCGGAGAUGUAUCGGAAGACGAUGAAUCUUCACCAAGGUUAACGGCGUACUACUACUGCAUGCGGUUAAUUCUAAUAUUCGGCACAAUAAUCGUGGCCGUGAUUGUGCCAGACAUUGGGCCGCUCGUAUCGCUCGUGGGCUCCGUGGGGUUCUCGUUGCUGGGUCUGAUCAUACCCGUGGCCAUGGAAACCGUUUGGUUUUGGUACGACGAAGACGGUGACGGCCAGGAACAGGACUCUUGUGACGGGACGACUCCUAAGACCAACCAUGAGUCGUGGGUCCGCGGCAACAUGUGGCGCCGGAUAGUGCGACACGUGAAAAAUGCUAUACUACUUCUGUUCGCAACGUUAGCGUUGGUCGGAGGCGCAUUUUACAACAUCCGUGACAUCGUAGCCAGGGCUACUGGAGACGGUACGCCUCCGCCUGCCGUGUGAUGGAAGCAUCAUGUUCCAUGGGUGGUUUAAUGUUAUAUUUUAUAUAUAUUUUUUUUGUGUGUGUGUGUAUAAAUAUACGUCUAAUAUUAUAAACGAGAUAACGUUAAAUGAGUGAUAUAACCACAGAUAUAUAAACAUACAGUUACUAAUAGAAUAAAAUGAUUGAAACACGAUGCCAUAUUAUAUUGUAUAAUUGACUCGAAAGAUUAAAAGACGCAAUGGUAACUCAAAUGUUCUCAGCUAUAAAUUCGAAACAGAUAUUCCGUAUAUCGUUUACAAUUAUUACUAUCAAUAUGGAAUACUCCGACUUAACACUGAUAAAUGAUAAUAAUAUUGAAAUUUAUCGAAAUUUCCUGUUUGCGUGUUUCGUCGAUAACAGGAGAAAUACUAUCUAAUACCAGGGGCAGAUUUAGAUAUGUAGUGGCCCAAGGACUAAAUGCAUUGUGGUGGUCCCUUAUACAUAAAUAAAUCAAUAUAUUUUUUUACCCAUUAAAAUAAUAUCGUACAAUUGUAAGUCCCCGAAAUUGUGGGGGCCCCUGGACUGAAGCCCACUCAGCCCUCCCCUAAAUCUGGCUCUGUCGAAUACUAGUCUAAAUAUAUACAUCUGUGGACAUAACAAUGUUAUUUUAUAAAUAAAUGAUUGACUGUGUAUGUCUUAUAUUCCAA